AUGAGUAUAGACAAGAAGCAUUCAGCCAUGGAGAACGGAAACCGGGGGCACCAGCACAACUUUCUUGUGAAGUGUGAGGAGGCUUCAAAUUUGGUUAACGAUUUUUUGAACGAUACUUUACCACUGGGAUUAGUACCCGAAAGGCGAAAAGAUUACAUAUAUGACAAGUUUAGAAGACAAAAGGUCAAGGAAAAGAUACACAAGAGCUUGAAGGUGUUUGAUAAGGCGAUUGAAAUUCACGGGUAUGUAAUUUUGUAUUUCCGGAAGCGUUACAUGGCACUUUAAACUGGAUGACAACUACUAACUAAAUUUAGGCUUGAAGAAAUUGCAAUUUCGUAUAAUGGAGGAAAGGAUUGUUUAGUUAUGCUUAUAUUAUUAAUGACAUCUAUCCAUAAGAAGUUUACCCUCACACCAACGAAAGAUUCAUCGUUGAAAGUUUUGCCAACAGACUAUAAGCUUGAUUCCAUCUAUAUCAACUCUGAAUUACCCUUUCCGAAUCUUUCAGAUUUCAUAAAGAGUUCAACUGCAUACUAUCAUUUAAAUCCUAUUAUAAUACAAAGUUCAUUAAAGGAGGGGUUCGAAAAAUAUUUAAAUGAAAUUAACCCAAAAGUCAAAUCAAUAUUUGUUGGAAUUCGUUACUCGGACCCUUAUGGUUCAAGUUUAGAUUACGAACAAGUAACUGAUCAUGACUGGCCGGAGUUUUUAAGAAUUCAUCCUAUUUUGCAUUGGAAAUAUGAGGAUAUCUGGGAUUUCUUAAUAGGAUGCGAUUUGGACUAUUGUGAAAUGUAUGACUUAGGUUAUACCAGUCUAGGUGGUAUCAAUACUACAACUCCCAACCCCUACUUGGAAAUAGAGGGUGACGAGGUCGCAUAUUCACCAGCUUAUAUGUUGAGAAAGAAUGCAGAUGAAAGAGAAAGGUCGGGCAGAAUAUCUAACCGUACAUAA